UUUUUGUUUAGCCUCCUCUCCUCCGAUUGUCAAAAUAACAGCUGACUGAUUGUAGCAUUGCCAGAGAAUGCUGUUUAAUUUAGACAAGGAUACAGGGUGCUCACAAAAAUCUCGUGGUUUUUGUUGCGCUCAAAAAAGAGACUUGUUGAGAGAUGACAAUUUCGAAAAAACUAUUAAUAUUUUCCCACGGAUUAUUCUUAUCAAAAAUUUGAAAUUAUUUGAAGUUUAUUGUGAAACAAUAACUAUUCGAAACACGGGAACACUUUGUCGAACGGUUAAAUUCAUCACAGAACCAAAUAACGAUAUCACACUCAAAAUAAAUGGGAAUACCAGCAUACAACCCGGAUCUCAUGUUUCUGUUGAUAUUUCUGUAGAAGCAACAAAGAAGAAGCUUAUCAAUCAAAAUCGUUAUUUGUUUGUACUAGCUGAACAUCCUGACAUUAUUUGGGAGAUUCCUCUUAUAGUUUUGAGAAAAGAUCAAGAAAUAUAUGUACCUGAAAUAAUAUGUUUACCUAAAGUUCCAGCAAAUUCGUCUUCAAACUACCAAUUUUUAGUAUAUAAUCCAAAAGAUAAAGUGAUAAUGUAUUCAAUUUGUUCGAACUAUGGAGGAUUCGCUAUAAAACCUAUUUCAGGAUAUAUAUCAGCAAAAGAUUAUUCCAAGAUUCUUAUCACAGGAAAAUUUCCACUGGAUACAAUAACUACGAGCUUAGUACUUACUUUGAAAAAUGGAAAAUCUUUUAAAAUAUUUGUUCGAAUGGAACUUUCAAAUCAAUUGAUACACUUGAGUACAAGUGAAUUGAUAUUGGAAGAUACUUACAUUGGUUUAAAUAGUGAAAAGAAUUUAUUCAUUUGCAAUAGAAGCAACGAAUGUGUUAGUUUUAGGUGGUCUAAUAGUACAAUUGUUGAAAAUUUAGAAACUGAUGACGAAGAUGAGGAUAAAUUUGAAUUUUCAGAAUUUGUUGCAGUCAGGAAGAAUCAUGGCUGUAUCCCAGCAUUGAGUUCCAUUGCAUCAAUAUUCACUUUCACUCCACCAGAAAAUUUCGAUUAUGAUGAAGAUGAAUCAAAAUUUCAAAUUGAUGAACACGCAUACCUAUUUUGUCCUCUUUAUAGUCCUCAAUCGUAUAGGGUUCAUAUUAGUGGAAAAAUUCUUGGACCCAAUAUUGAAAUAAAUCCUACAGUGAUAAAUGUUGGCAGUCUCUAUAUGGGUCAAAUUCACUGCCUUUCAUUGGAAGUGCUAAAUAAAGAACCGAUUUCAGGUGAAAUUUAUUUCACAAGUCAUACCGACCAAAAUGAGAUUAAUUGCUCAGUGACACCUUUAUCCACUUAUCUCAAACCGGAUGAUAAGAAAUCAAUUGAAUUGAGUUUUUAUCGACGGGAUGUUGGAAAAUUUCUUACAAAACUUAAUUUUAAAAUCAAAUCCGGAGAUUUUCUUUGGAUCUUGCUAAGAGGAGUUUCGCUCCCAACAAAAGUCACAUUAUUCCCAGAAAUAUAUGAUUUUGGGGAUAUUCCCAUAUGCAUACCACAAAAAGGAUCAGUGGAAAUAUUUAACCCAUUGCCAGUGCCUAUUAUGGUAGAUCCUACAAUAUUCGAUGAUGGAGACGAAACUCCUUUGAUAUUAUGUGUGGAUAAUUUAAACUUACCUCUUGAUACAAGAACAACAACAUACUACAAUGAUAAUUCAAGUGCUUGCGAAUUUAAAGGAAAAGAUCUUGAAACCUCUUGUUCAGAUUUCAGUUCGAACAAAGAGAUAAGCUGGAGAACCAAUGUUAGCAGCGAAAUAAGCUCAUUAUUUCAAAAGAAAGUGCUAGAUGAUAUUCCUGCAGUAUCAACCGAUCUUUUGAAAGAUUUCAAGAAUAUACAUUCAAAAGAUCAACUGGAAAUAGGCAUGAAAAUAAUCGAUGCCUCUUUAGACUACUUUCUUGAUCGAUGUGAUUAUUUUCAAGAAUUACGAAAUAACAAGAACUAUCUAAACAUGAAUUGGAAAGCUUUGCCAUGUGAUGCCAAGGAAAUAGCAAUCGAAGAAGAACAUUUUUAUUUGGAACCAAAUGGAAGAAAACACUUUCCAUUAGCAUUGGUUCCAAAUAGUUCUGGACCAACUACAAAAUCUGUACAAUUUCGGGUCCAUCCUAUAAAUGGGAAGACUUCUAAUUUUAAUGAUACUAUAAACUCUUCACAUAUGACUAGUUCUUUACGGCUUCAUUACAAUUGCAUGAUUCCUGCCUUGGAGUAUAACAACGAUAUUUUUUUCUCAGAACCAGUUUAUGCAGACAUGGAAAAUACUUUUAAUAUGAAUUUUAAAAAUAUUGACAUUGUGCCUGGAUUUGUGUAUUUUAAAGUUAUUCCAACAUCAACAUCUGGUAUAAUCAAAGUAAAGGAAAAUCAACAGAAAUUCUUUAUUACUCCCGGAGAAAAAAUUGAAGUUGAAUGCUCUGUGAUCUUUCGAAAAAUUGGAAAAAUAGUUCUUCAUGGAAUAUUUCAAGUGGUUGGAAAAUUACUAGAGUAUUCUUUUGAGGUAGAAGCACAAGUCCUUCCUCCAGAAAUUCAAAUCUCGAUGGAAAAAAUAUUUAAAAAACAGGAGGUUCUUGAGUUGACGAGAACAAAACUAUUUAUUACAAAUACUUCCCCUACUGUAGCUCAACUCAUUUUUUCGCUGAAAAAUGAAAAAUACCAAUUUUUGGAACCACUUGGAGCAAGUCUAGCACCAAAUCAAAAAAUUAUAAUAUCCAUUUUCUCGAAGUUUCUAGAUCCAGGAUUGUACAAAAAUGCUCUUAACAUAAAUCUUAAACAUGCUGAAAACAUAAUUAUUCCGAUUACAUUCUCAAUUGAAGGGGCUCCCCUUAAAUUUGAACCAAAUAUACAACUUGGAUUAGAUUUAGGAAUUUUAUUCAAAAACCAAAAGCUUCAAGAGGAUAUUAUAUUGAUAGAAAAUUUAGGAGAAAAAUCAUAUAAAAUUAAUUUCGAGAAAAAAAUUCCAAAGAAACUUGCAAUAAUUCCAAUACCACACGUUAUCAAUUUUGAACCUAAUAUCUUGAAAAUAAGACCAAAUGGACAAGAAAUAGUUAAAAUACAACUUGAUACAUCGAAAGAAAUAAAAUCUGAAGAAGAGUUUAAUGUUGAUGGCGUCAUAAAUGAUGCGAAACAUCGAUUCAAGUUAUUCUCUUUUACAGCUAAAUGCAAUGUAAUUGAGCCUCGAGUUUUGUGGAGUAAGAAUGAACUUUGUUUUAAUGUGAAAAAUCCCCAAUUAAAUGAGAACAAGGCAUUUGGUAUUGUUUCCAUUAUCAAUACUACUCCAUUCGUAGCAAAUAUUGAUUUGAAUGUCCAGGGGAACUUCAUUUUGGGAGAAAAUUGUGAGAACAUAAAAGAAAAGUUCCUAGAAUUUAGCAUGAAAGGAAAAACAUCGAAGGAAAUCUACGUCAGUCUUGAUGAAAACGAAAUAAAUGAGCCAAAUUUAAUGUGUCAGUGUUUUAAGGGAUUGGUAAAGUGUAAGGUCAACAAUAAGACGCAGAAAUCUCUUCCAUUGCACGUCAAAAUUGUAGGCCCCGCUCUUCGAAUAUGCACCCCUAAGGUUACACUCUUCCCACCUUACUCAGAUUCUUUUGCUCAUAUAAACAUACAUAACUGUAGUCACAUUAAUGCUACCUUUAACUGGAAAGAAGUAGAAUCUAAAAUACUCGAAAGAUCUUCAUCUGAAUUAUAUGUUGAGGAACCUUAUUCGAAAACAAUAUCAGAACUUAUACUCUCCAUCCCAAAAGAAACAGUUCCAAAAUUUCCAAAUUCUAUAAGGACCCAAUGCUCGGAAGAUUUCUUAUCGGACAGUCAAGAGUCAUCAGAUGAAGAAAGCACAUCACAUACAACAAAAUCAAAUGUAAUCAACGAAGUUGCUGAUUUAAAGCAAAAAUCAAGCUCAAGUUUAAAAACUGAUACCUUUUCUGCUUCAUCUUUAUCAUUGAGAAGUUUGAAGUCUGAAAGAACAUUUUUUCAACCAAAUGAAUGCAAACCAAUACCAUUUUGUAAUGUUGAUACUCAAAACAUUGGCCUAGAUGAGAUAUUUGAGUAUUUAGGUCUUUCGGAUAAACCAAGCUCUGAACAUUCAAGAACUGUUUGUAAAAAUAGUGAUUUGGAUGGAGACGAUACAAAAUGUAAUAAUACUAUUGAAAAGAUAAAAGAACCUAUAAAAAUUGGAUUUCAACAUAAGAGUGGACAAAUUGCACCAAAAUCAAUGUUCAAAGCUUAUAUAUUCUUACCGACUUUGCCUAAGGAUAAGACAAUGGUGUCUAAAUAUAAUCUUCAUGUCAUUGGUGGCCAAACGGAAGUUCUAGAUUUGACAGUCACAAGCCAAAGAGCAAGAAUUCAAGUUUCUAAAACUGACAUUAAUCUUGGGAUAAAUAUAUGGUAUAAAACAAUCUUGGAUAAAAUAAGAAUCGAAAGUCUCAGCCAAUAUGCAAUUAAAAUAACUAUUGUUAAUGAAAAUGAGUUUACACACCAAAAGAAACAUUUGACAGGUGGCCAUGUUGAAAUUAUUUCCCCAAAACAGUUCAUCCUUCAGCCUAAAACAAGCACAGAAAUAGAAUUUAAUAUUUGCAUGGGUUUUAUUUCCAAUUUUUCCCAGAGCAUUGGCUUAGAAAUAAACAACAAUACAACGUCCGUUCCAAUUCGAAUUAUUGGAUCAGGAGUUUUUCCAAUGGUGGUACCUAUAAAACUUAAAAGAAUUUCGCAGCCAUUAAAUGAUAUAGUUCAAAAUUAUUUCCAUUUACGUGAUAUAUUCAACGAUAGAAAGAGAAAAUACUAUUUCGGAGAAGAAUCAGCUUUAUCACAUAUUUCAAGUGAACUUGAGGAACAUACACCCAAAAGAACAUUAAAACGAAAACAAAAUGAUGGAGUUUUAUUACUUAAUUAUUCGGAUGAAAAAGCUUUAUCACCUUUUUUAAGUGAACUUGAGAAACAUACACCCAAAAGAACAUUAAAACGAAACAAAAGUGAUGGAUUUUUGUUACUUAAUUAUUCGGAUGAAACAUAUCCAAGACCAGAAGAAAUCGAAAGAAUUCUAGAAAGUGAAAACUUUGUAUUUAAUCUUUACAAAUCAAAUGAGUUAAUGACAACAUUUGACAAAUAUUCAAGAAAAUGUAUGCUUCUCCGCGCAAUGGAAUUUGAUCCUGUUAUUAAUUUAAAGCAUACAAUCUGUCGUCCAAUUCCAUGGCAAUGUUCGGCUUUUUGCUAUAAUAUGAAUAACAUAAGGCUGAAUGAAACGAACAAUUUUGAAAUAGAAAUGUUAUUCAUUGGUCCAGGAAGGCUGUUUUUGUCACUUAGAACGGAAGUUGUUGUUCCGGGACUAGCAGCUUCCUUUGAAUCUUCACUGGUUAAGGACUCGUUCGUUUACUUUUAUCAAUCACCAGAUGAUAACAUUUUAAAAGGUUACAAAAAUAUACACGAAAGAUCUUCAGAUACUGAAGUGAUUUUUAAUCAAAACACUAAAGCUAACAAUCUUCAUUCACAUUCCUAUGACUUUGAUGAAGCAGGUGUCCAUCAAAGACAAGUACUUUCAAAUGAAAUUAAACAGAUAAAAGAACACUACACGAAAAUCAAUCAACCAGUAAAAGAGAAGAAAAACCCAUUUAUUUUGACUGAAAUCUGUCAAGCUACAACUGAAGAAUUAAAUGAAUUACCAAUAAAACUUAACCUUAACUUAAAAUUAACAACAACAAAUGAAUUUUAUGAACGUAACCAAGUUAUUGAGGAUUAUUUGUUUAUUGAUAUACAUCUUGGUCCAACAAUACCUAUUCUGCUUAAAGGCAAAGUAACUUCAACAUAAACAAGUUUAUUAAUUGAGUAUUAUAUUUUGUUUUUAUUAAUGUAUAUUUCACGACAUGACUUAUCAAUAAAUUGAACAAUUUUAAAAUACA